AUGGAGUUGUUGAUUAGCCGGGCAUAUAUGCGCAUAUCGUCUCCUCCAACGAAAGAUGAGUUCGAGCUGGCUAUGGCAACUCGACUUGCGCAUGCGUCUUUUGGCAAAGAUCCCGUCACUUAUAUCGCGGCCGAUGUACCAGCCCUGUCGGAUUAUUUGGUCGAAAAUCCUCCAUCAGUAAAGUGCCUUGUCUCGAACAGAGACAAAGACCACUUCAGCGAUUUCACCCAGUUUUAUCGUAUGGAGCUUGCCGAGAAAUACCCACCGUUGAGUGUCAUAGGCUUACCGACAUGGCAAUUACUGUUGGACGGUGAGCGAGGACAACUCUCACUCAAGGCACAAAGCCUACAACAUAUUAUCGAUUCCAUUAGAGAACAAGCCACCAAGGUCCCGGGCGAUGGAAGGCGAGCACAGCCUUUGGAGAAUGGGCUACGCCAUGGGAAUGCUGAUCUGAGAAACGAGGAUCCUACAAGCUACCAUCCAUGUCCUCAUCUAAUCCAUAAUCUGAAUGAUGGCAACCUUGACGGUGGUUUUGGCUGGAACAUCGGCCAGUUCAACGUCGAUUCUCUAAACGGAGACUGCAUCCGAGCUUGGGAGGAUAUCAGCGCAAGUCUGGCUUUCCAAUGUGAUAAUGAGAAGGUUGCUGAAAGGUUUCCCGAUCCCGUUAACCAUGGUGCGUGUGAAGGAUCCCUUGAAACGAUCGCUGACCUUUACUCGUGGGAUGAGUUUUGGAUUAAUCAGGAUGUAUCUGCACCAUGGGAUUUUGAGCAAGACGAAAGCAUGCUAGAAUUUGACGUCAUUGCAUCAAAGGUUCCCGCUGUAUAG